UGUCAAACUGUGCAAUUCAGCGACAAUAAAAAGCAGGUCACAACAAUAUCGAUCAGAGAGAUGAGCGACCCGCAGAGAUCUCAGGGGAAAUAUACGUUUAAUUAUAAGUUUUGUUUCAUGCCGAGACUCUGGUGGAGUCAUUAAGCUGACUCCGUUUAUCUUUACCGACAAAAAGUGAGAACACGGACAAAACAAAGCUACGAAGACUCACUGAUAGCCUGUCAAUAUGGCAAUUAAACGACCUAAAGUCGCUAUUGGAUUCAUAGUGGCAGGUGUGCUGAUGGUGGUUUUCGGCACAAUUAUGUGUUUUGUGGUACCAUUAGUCAUCGACGAUCAAAUAGUAAAGAACACAGUAAUUGAUCCAAAGAAUGAUCUCACAUACACCAUGUGGAAAGACAUCCCUGUGCCGUUCUUUAUGUCGGUCUACUUCUUCAAUGUCCUCAAUCCUGCUGAGAUACUGAAGGGAGAAAAGCCGAUGGUGGAGCAGAGAGGACCUUAUGUUUACAGAAAGCAGUGUCAGAAGGAAAACAUUACGUUCCAUCCCAAUGGUACAGUGUCCUACAGGGAAUACAGACAGUACCACUUCGAGCCCUCCAUGUCUGCUGGAAACGAGUCUGAUGUUGUCACAAUUCCAAACAUGUUGGUGUUGGGUGCAUCAGUGAUGAUGGAAAACUUGCCCUACGUGCUGCGCCUCAUGAUGAGUGCAACCUUUAAAACUUUUAAAGAAGGUGCCUUCCUGACCAAGCCUGUAGGGGAGCUUAUGUGGGGUUAUGACAGUGGACUAGUGGAUUUUCUAAAUCAAUACCUGCCAGGAAUGAUUCCCACAUCAGGAAAAUUUGGCCUCUUUUCAGAGUUCAACAACUCCAACACUGGCCUGUUCACUGUCUUUACUGGAAAAGAUGACAUUAGAAAAGUCCACAGAGUGGACUCUUGGAAUGGUCUGACAGAGCUGCCGUACUGGAGGACUGCUCAGUCUAACAUGAUCAAUGGAACAGCUGGGCAGAUGUGGCCUCCUUUCAUGACAAAAGAGAGCACUUUGCCUUUCUACAGCCCUGACGCCUGCAGGUCUAUGGAGCUGGUUUAUCAGCGUCCUGGAGAGAUGUACGGGAUCCCUCUAUAUCGAUAUGUUGCACCCAAGACCCUUUUUGCCAAUGGGACAGAUUAUGCUCCCAAUGAAGGCUUCUGCCCCUGUAGACAGUCUGGACUCCUCAAUGUUAGCACAUGCCGCCACAACUCUCCAGUUUUCAUCUCUCAUCCUCACUUCUUUAAUGCUGAUCCUGUGCUGCUGGACUACGUGCAGGGUCUUAAUCCCAGUGAGGAGAAGCACGGCCUCUUCAUAGACAUUCACCCACAAACAGGUGUCCCUCUGAAUGUGUCCAUCCGCCUGCAGCUGAACCUCUACAUGAAAAAAGUCUCAGGAAUUACUGAAACUGGAAAGAUUUCUGAUGUGGUGAUGCCUAUGAUCUGGUUUGAGGAGAACGGAUAUAUUGAUGGCCCCAUCGUCAAUACAUUCCGUACAAACUUGGUUGUUCUACCUACUGUUUUGGAAUACCUACAGUACAUCCUCAUAGGGCUUGGUCUGGCAACCAUCAUCGUUGCUACUGUGGUGUAUCACAAAGUGAAGGCAGCCCAGAAAGAGCCGGUAAAAGGCUCACAUGGCCUUGAAACAAAGAAGAAAAGUAUCAGUACUUCAGACUAAUCAACCUGGCCAAAGCAACCUACCGGAUGGAAUCAAAUGUAGUUCAGCUGAAGAGAGGGACCCUCUGCUACAAGAUGACAUGAACUGAAUGAUGUGCAAAUAAGCCCAUCCAGCUGUUGUUGUGGACUCACCAGCAUCCUCCAAGUAUAAUUUAACUGAAACACUGUCACAAGUGGUUUUGCAAAUUGUGUGUAUUUAUAUACAUAUUGCAUUAUUGCUUUACUUCUUUAUAUUUUCAUAUAGAAUAAGAUUUAUGAAACUCUAAAGCUCAGUAUGCGUUUAUUUUAGGGCUGCAUGGGCUGAAACUGUUUUUGUCUCUCAAGGCAGAACAAGAGAAGAUUUGAAAACCACUUUUUUUUUUUUUUUUUUUUUUUUUUUUUCUUUACUUCAAAA